AUGGAAGGCUCUCAUAGAAUUGUCACAUUCUUCACCCAGUUGGGCUGGGUUUCCACAAACAACAGCAGCUGGGUGAACUGCGAGAACACGACGGAGUGCGACGUGGUCGUAUUCUACAGCUGGGACUUGUCAUUUAAAACGGGCUUCGUGAGGUUCUCUGAGCUCAAGCCGCACACGACCCACUCGCUAUCAGUGAGAGGCUGCAACGGUCUAGAAUGUGGUGACGACAGCACAGUGCUCAUCACGACCGUCAUAUCUGAGCCGAGUGAGCCUAACAGGCUGACAGUGAAUGCAACCGAAGAUGAUUCAGCUUACCUCGAAUGGAAGGCACCGAGUGAACCUGGAGGACCGCUGACUGGCUACGUUGUCUCUUGGCAGUGUGACCAGGGCCACGUGAUGGCUGCGACUACUUAUGAAUCUUUUCUUACCAUCCCUGGUCUUCCUAACGUGGCUCGGGAGUGCACGUUCUCGGUUUCUGCUUUCAACACGGCGAAAGACGAGCGGCAGCUACACGGGAAAUCAGCCACAUUGACGACACCGUGGCCGCCUCAGAAGUGAUCUGAACACCACGGCCACCAUGGUAUCUCACCCGCGCUACGUGCUGAAAGCCCGUUAAAACGUAGCCCCUGCAAUGAGACUUUGAUCGAGAAAGCAAAAGCAAAAAACAAAG